AUGGCGACAAAUCGGAGACGAAACGAGGAGAUAGAGACACAAAUCCGAGAACUGCCAAGAAAAGAAUCUGAAAGAUCGUUUGAAGCUGUCUCAGAAUCCGACAAAGAAGCAGAGAGAUCCACACCCGCACGUGACAAUAAAACUCAUUCCAAGCAAAGUCCCAAUCUGACAAGGGACCAGAAGAAAGUUAGAGAUAGCUACUUAUUCUGCUGCGAGAAUUUCUAUACUCUUCCCGAGAUGGUCAAUUACAUGAAGGAGAAUCACGGUUUACCAAAGACAAGUGUGACAAAUGUUUUCAGGGAACUCUUGAAAGGUAGAAAUGCGGAAGCAUAUCUGAGAGUGUCACAGAAAAGAUCUCUUCAGAGGUUAGCUCUACAGAGGAGGACUAGUGGAAGCGGUGUAGGUUCUUCGACUAAGUAA